GCGAAAUAAAUCUAAAGGUGGUCGCCGCCACUCAAUUUCUCCCUUCGAGCUCUCGGAGAGAACAAAUUCGAGGAAAAAUAAAUCCCUUUCCUCACUGUUCUCGUUUUCUUGUUUUUCAUGAUCCCUUCACUUCAAUAUUUGGUUUUGCUCGUUUCUUCUCUUCGGAUAUUGAAGAUUCACUUCGGUUUUCUGUUCUUCUAUUUUGCUUCUUGGGUUCAGCUAAUAGGGCAACUGUUGCAAUGGGCAAGAAAAAACAAGAGGGCGGUGUUGGUACUGCAAAAGUUAAGGGAAGUAGCAAAGAUGUGAGAAAAGAGAAACUCUCUGUUUCGGCUAUGCUUGCCAGCAUGGACCAGAAACCUGAUAAACCAAAGAAAGCGGUCCCCUCUUUUAGUUCUACCUCUGCAAAACCCAAGGCAAAGGGUCCGAAGGUUUCAUCUUAUACUGAUGGGAUUGAUCUCCCACCAUCUGACGAGGAGGAGGAGGAGUAUGCCUCUGAGGAAGAGCAAACUCAGUCUAAUAGACACCAGAGGCAGGACUUAAGGCCACUUGAGACCUCUAUAAGUGAAAAGGAACAGAAGAAGCGUGAAAAGAAGGAAAUGCUUGCUGCCCAAGCUGCUGAGGACGCUAAACAGGAGGCCCUUAGAGAUGAUCACGAUGCCUUCACAGUGGUUAUUGGAAGUCGGGCUUCUGUCCUUGAUGGUGACGAUGAAGCAGAUGCUAAUGUCAAAGACAUAACCAUAGACAAUUUCUCUGUUUCAGCUCGUGGGAAAGAGCUUCUAAAGAAUGCCUCAGUUAAGAUAUCACACGGUAGAAGAUAUGGUUUGGUUGGGCCAAAUGGGAUGGGAAAAUCUACCUUGUUAAAGCUUCUUGCCUGGAGGAAAAUUCCAGUUCCAAAAAAUAUUGAUGUGCUUUUGGUUGAACAGGAGGUGGUUGGUGAUGAUAGAACUUCCCUUCAGGCAGUUGUUUCCGCAAAUGAAGAGCUACUUAGGGUUCGAGAAGAAGUUGCAGCCUUACAAAAUGCGUCUUCUUCACCUGGAGGAGAGGAUGACGGCAAUCUAAAUGGGGAUGAUGCAGGAGAAAGGCUUGCAGAGCUGUAUGAUAAGCUGCAGAUCUUGGGUUCAGAUGCUGCUGAAGCUCAGGCAUCAAAGAUUCUUGCUGGGUUGGGUUUCACCAAAGAAAUGCAAGUUCGUCCUACUCGAUCAUUUAGUGGUGGCUGGAGGAUGAGAAUAUCUCUAGCUAGGGCACUUUUUGUGCAGCCAACGCUUCUCUUAUUGGAUGAACCAACUAACCACCUUGACCUUAGAGCUGUUCUUUGGUUGGAGGAAUAUUUAUACCGCUGGAAGAAAACAUUGGUGGUUGUUUCUCAUGAUCGGGAUUUUCUUAAUACCGUUUGCACUGAAAUUAUUCAUCUCCAUGAUUUCAAGCUACAGUUUUACCGUGGAAAUUUUGAUGACUUUGAAUCAGGGUAUGAACAGCGUCGUAAAGAGAUGAAUAAGAAGUUUGAAAUUUACGAAAAGCAGGUAAAAGCUGCAAAAAGAUCUGGGAACCGAGUUCAGCAGGAGAAGGUAAAAGAUCGAGCCAAGUUUGCAGCUACAAAAGAAGCAGCAAAGAACAAGGGAAAGGGAAAGAUUGAUGAGGAUGAAGCUCUAGUUGAGGCUCCAAAGAAGUGGAGAGAUUACAGUGUGGAGUUCCACUUCCCUGAGCCUACUGAACUAACUCCACCUCUUCUACAAAUAAUAAAUGUAAGUUUCAGUUAUCCAAACCGAGAGGAUUUCAGACUUUCAGAUGUUGAUUUGGGUAUUGAUAUGGGGACUCGGGUUGCCAUUGUUGGGCCUAAUGGAGCUGGUAAAUCUACUCUUUUGAACCUUAUUGCUGGUGAUCUAGUUCCAACAGAGGGUGAAGUACGAAGGAGUCAAAAAUUGAGGAUUGGGAGGUAUUCACAACAUUUUGUCGAUCUACUAACUAUGGGGGAGACCCCAGUGCAGUAUCUUCUUCGUCUUCAUCCAGAUCAAGAAGGACUUAGCAAGCAGGAGGCCGUUCGAGCAAAACUCGGGAAAUUUGGACUUCCUAGUCAUAAUCACCUCACUCCAAUUGCAAAAUUAUCUGGAGGACAGAAAGCUCGAGUUGUCUUUACUUCAAUUUCCAUGUCAAAACCUCACAUAUUGCUAUUGGAUGAGCCCACAAAUCAUUUGGACAUGCAAAGUAUAGAUGCUCUGGCUGAUGCACUAGAUGAGUUUACUGGCGGAGUGGUCCUGGUAAGUCAUGACUCGAGGCUCAUAUCACGUGUCUGUGAGGAUGAAGAGAAGAGUCAAAUUUGGGUAGUAGAUAACGGGACUGUGAACACUUUCCCUGGUACUUUUGAAGACUACAAGGAGGAGCUGCAAAGAGAGAUUAGAGCAGAGGUUGAUGAUUGAUACCACUAUUAGAUAUCGAGUUUUCCAAAUAUAUAUAGCCAUAUAAAUGCGUUAAGGCCUGCAUAUUUCUGGAAAAGAAAAUAUGCUCAAGUGUUCGUCUGUAUCGGCUUCUUGUUUGAAAUUCAGAGACUAGGAAUUCUGCGUUGUGUUUUGUCGAUUGGUUAUGAAUUUUUUUUUUUUGGAUUAUUUGU